UUUUUGUUUAUUUAUUUAGGUUUCUCUCUACUGUUGCUUUUAAUCAGUCGAAUAAACUACUUGAAAUUUCCAACUGAAUGAGUAAUGACCGCAGAAACCGCCUGAUAUCCCCGCAGUAGUCGCACAAUAUGGCUCAUUCGAAGAAGGCGCACAAAGCCGCCAGAGAAGCGAAUGCCCAGAAGUCUGCGGAAACGAAAACGGAUUGCAAACCGGAAGAGGCCAAACAGGCUCAAAACCCAGGCGAUCAUAACGAAGGAUCGCCCACGGGCGACCAGUUCCUUGAAAGUGUGCUCCAGACCCUCUACAAGUCAUGGCUUCAGGUGCGUCGCCUAGCGGAGUUUGCGAUGACCGAGCUGGGUGGAAAUGAGUUUCUGGAGGCCAUUGCGGCUUGGUGCGCCCGGAAUCCGCAUAUUGCCAUAUGCCUGGUGGCCGGCGGUCUUGUCUUCAUGCUACCCUUUCUAAUAAUCUUUGGUUUCGGAAUAGCCACCAUGUUGAUGACUUUCACGGGUCUGCUGGUGCUAGAAGGCACUCUCCUCACCAUCGUGUCCAUGGUUUUCUUCGCCUGCCUGGGCGGAUUCGCCAUUAUUGUUCCUCUUUUCGGAGUCGCAGCUGUGGCUGCCUACUUCGGAUUUGCCCAGGUCUACGGACUUUACGAUGGUAUGGAGCGGCACAAGAGCGCUCUGGUUAAGUUUGUAAGGGACCAACGAAGGACCUACGAUUCACCGCUUUCGCCGCCGCCUGCAACCAUUUCUGAGGAACCCACCUCAACUUCAUAAGGCAAUAUUGCUUGCCCAACAAACAUAGUUAUUAACACAAAAAAGACCAGUGCUUGGAUAGAUCCUUUAAUUAAAAUAUAUGACCUUGUUAGUUACAGUA